AUGAAACAUGCACAUCAUGGCCCCGAAGCGGAACCUGUAGAAGAACAUGAUAGUGGAUUUGUGGGUCCUAUGACAUUGCUUGAUACUUUCCCGCAUAAUGAUACGUUUGAUGAAACACAUAGUUUAUCGAUAAUAGCAUCACCUGUUAACAAUCGGGGUGAAAUCUAUACAUUUAUGCAUAAUCGUCAGGAUUAUGGUGUGUUAGACACACAAGAUGCCAAGCUAAAAGCAAAAUUACGUCUACACACUACUGGUACUAAUGCCGCCCCUGCUGCUGAUUGAGUGAUUAGUGUAAAUAUGGCACCAUUGAAAUUUGGUUGGAAAACAAAAGAGGUUUACCUAAAUAAUCAAUUGAUUAGUCCGCAAUCAGGUAAAGAAAAUGAGCUUGAAUAUAUUCAUCAUUUACUCACUGCUGUACCCAGUGGUUAUAAGCCGGAAGAAAGUAUUACUCUUAUGAUACCUUAUGAUCCUCGUUAUAAUGAUUUUGAAUUAUCCAUACCCAUAUUAAAACCAAAUGCUCAAUUAAGUGCCGCUAUUAAUGAGUUGAUGAUACAAAAGAAUGAAGAAUGCUGAUUUUAUUGUACAAAUUAUCGUUAUGUGGCAUUCCCGAUACCGGUAAAUAGUCGACAUAUUGUCCACAAAGAUAUAUUUAAUGGUGCUCAUCCUGGUCGACUAAUUACAAAAAUUGUGUCACAAGACCGAUAUAAUGGGGCGUACACCCUAAACCUAUUUCAUAUCGCGUUUCCAGAUAUCACGAAUUUUACCGUCACCAUUAAUGAAGCUGAAAUACCCCCUGUUUAUCACAGUUCACAAGACGCGUACGUUAAUUUACGACAAAUUUUGGAUUGUCACUAUAGUGAAAUGCCAUUUUCUUAUGAUGAUUAUGUUACAGACUAUGGAAUCAUAGUCAAUGAUUUAUCCCCAAAUCGCAAUGGUCAUUCUCAAGUCUUACCAAAUUCAACAAGUGGUAAUGUCGGUAUCAAAUUAGAUUUUAGACAAGAUACCGCUGCUGCACAACAGCUUAUUUGUGUAGGAGAAUUCCGCAAUCAAUUGAGUGUAGGUUAUGGUACAGAAGCUCGUUUAAAAUAUGAUGUGUAAAAAACAUAUAAGCUCAUAUUGCAUUAUGGGUUGCAUACGUAAGACGUUAAAAACCAGUGCUGCAAAGCAAAACGAAUCUUUUGUUUGUCAACCACGACCGCCAAACCCUAAAAUCAUUAGCGGUAAAGGUGUAAAUAUACAAACUAUUCCUAUUCAUAGCGUAAUAUCUAGAUAUGGGUGAAAUAAACACAGAAUGUUCGGAAUUAUUUGAAAAUAAUGACGGUAAUAUAAAUGAUAGUAAUGAGGGUGAAGAGAAUGAAAAUUAUUGUGAACAACAAAUGGAAGAACCACAUCCCCACACACCCAUUGAAAUUGAUGAAGAAGAAAAAGCACAACAACAACAACAACACGAAUAUGAGGGGUAAGAUGAUGAUGAUGAUGAAGGUGAUGAUGAUGAUAAUGGUGAUGAAAAUAAAAGCGUCGAAAAUUAUGAAAAUAACGAAAUAGAUGAAGAAGCCAUAAAUUCAUUUAUAUUACAAUUAUUUCAGUUAAAAAAAUAACCUUAUGAAAAAAAGAGAGAACAGAAUUAUGCCGAGUAUUAACAAAUUUUUAAAAUUACAUUUGGAAGAAAAAGCAGAGCAGAUUACACCAACUGUUACCCGCAAUUUAUUACAUAUCUUGGAAUUAAUAGUAGCCAAUAAAAUACAUAUUGAUGUGGCACCAGGUGACAGAGAUGUUAUGGAAUAUAUUAUAGAUAAAGAUUGUCCGACAAAGGAUAGAGCGUUCACAUUUGUCGAAGAUUUCUGCAUACACGCAUAUAUACGCAAGGCUGUUAAAAAACUAGAGGAAAUACAGCUUUUAGAACAACGAAAGCAAAAAAUACAAAAUGGGGGAAAACGUCAAGCGGUUAGCUCUAAUAGACGCUGAAAAAUUGAACACCCUCAUGGAGCAUUUACAAAAUAAUACCGCUAGACAAAAACUAUUGGAUGAUACAACACGUACACCGGAGGAGGCGGGGCUUAUCGAAAGUCAUAAUACCGUAUUACAGUCUGUAAAACAUAAAUCCUCAUUAGCAGGCACAGAUAUUAUUAAUUAUCUAAGAAAAGGAGAUAAUUAUCGAAAAUCGUUAGGUCUUAACCCCGAUGAAAGUUCAGUCGAUCCUGCUGAUGCAGGGGGUUCUGGACAAACACCUGUACCUAAACCCGGCACGAUUGCAUCGUCCGUAUCACAAAUUAAUAAACAUUUUAAAUCAAAGGGUAUUAAAUCAACUCCAGAAGAGGAUGUAAGAAUUGGUGAGACUACAAUAAAUAUCUUGUACGAUAUCAUAAUGGAUUUAACACGUAAUUUUACUCGUACACCACCCAAUUUAGGUGCGAAUGCACAAAGACGAGUAUUGUUGCUUCUACAAAAAACACGUAUGCCAAUUUCCUAUAUAAGAAAUAAGAAACUAAAAGAGGAGUAUAAAGCAGUAUUGAAUGGUACACAAACAACGGCUCCCCCAAAGAGUAUGAUUCCUACACCCCCACAAUCCAAGACCCAUUCAAGAUACACACGGCAAAAGCGACCUUAUUUGCAAUCAACCCUGGUUUAA